UUAAGAGCUAAUCAGAAAGAACACACUGGCCAUGAGUGAGACGUUCAAAACGAGGACGAGGAUUUAACGGAAUUGUUACCAUUCAAAUUCAAAUUUCUUUAUUAUUGGAUAGGGUAUGAUAUCAAUGAUUUGGGCUUUGAGUAGGCCUAUAUUUCUUAAAUAUAUUUCUUAAAUUUUUUCACCCCUUCGCCUUUUGAAUAUGAAAUCUAUAAUCUCAGCCUCUCUAUAAUUUGCUCAACACAUAUUUUAUUGUUCAAAUAAAAUCCCAUCCUUAUUUUGCCAUUCAUAUUGAAUCUUUACUGUCUUUCAUUGUACAACACAAUCAUCUAAUAAUUAUUCAUAACGCUCUUCCAUCUCCUUGGCUGCAUUAAGACGAGGCUCGGGUCAGAGCAAAGAUCGGGAUCCACACAUGAUAAGGGAUAAAGUUAUUUAUUAGAAUAAAGUAAGUAUCAUGAAAUCUGUAAAGGGAUUAGUGUAUCGUAUGGAAGAUUAGAAAAUGUGCGAUUAUAUGGUUUGGACAGAAAACCAGUACCAAAAAGUGGAGACGGAUGAAGACAAUGCCGAUCCCUUGGCAUUGUCUGACGAUAUUCAGAUUUCAGACUUUAUUGUCAUUGUGCAAACAACGAAAUUGGGGUUCUUCAUGAGAGAUACAGAUUCUCAUCAGAGGGUGUUCGUUAUUUGAUAGUCCUUUUGGACCUUACAAUGAUUACUGUUGCGCAUUGUGUCUCAGUGACAGAGUGCUAGAGUGGAGGUAGCGCGUCAGUCUUGAAUAUCUGCGCGGGGGGUGCGAUUUUAAGUGACGCGAAUUUAUGUGAAGCCUAUAAAGUCCUAAUUCUCAUGCAUAUGGAAUACUUAUUCACUAAAGCUUAUGGAAUUAUAUUUUUGUGCUUAUUUCGAACUUGAACCCAUAUUUUCAAGGCCGUGCUGGCACCACAUCUAUGGGGGUAAAAUGCAUGAUGAUAGACCGGCGAAUUUGAACCCCGGUCGCUGGCGUUCGGGUCUUAUGCUAAUCCACUACGCUACAGCCGCUACCACUCAGCGGUCGAAAACAUGCAAUACAUUUCUUACAUAGGGUGUAUUUAAAGUGAAUUCCCUAAAUGAUAGAAUAAGGCAGGAUGGACGUUGCUUAUGCAUUUUUAAAUCAUCAUCAUUCUAUUUGGAUUAAUGGCGAACAAUUCUGCAUUUGGCAUAGUUAUUUUACAGACAAUAUGCAGAAUCUUUUCACUUAUACGCAUAUAGACUGCUUGAUCUAUCGUAAAGGUGAGAAAAAUGACGCAAAAAACGCCCCUCUCACGUGAACGCGCACUGAACCUCAAGCGGAAAACCUGGUUCAACUAAUUGAAUCUAAAGUGAGCUUUGUGGUACCAUUUAACUCUGAUUGCGAGUUGCGGCUCUGUCGAGCCAGGUUUUCCCAAGAAAGCCUGGGUAUGUUCAGCGAGCUUCGUGGUAGCCUAUAGGGCACUGGUCUGCAUACAGAGUAGAGCGGAGAUGAAGCGUUCCUUCUGUCCUUCGAGGAUCUCCUACACACACUUUUCGGAAUGUAUAUAUCUCCUUCAGCAGUCUGCAUGCUUCAUGACAUCGAUCUAAAAACAGCUCUCCCUCGUCAGCGGCUGCGUCUCGACUUUGAUCGCACUGUUGUUGUUGUUGUUGUUGUUGUUGUUGUUGUUGUGACGUCUGAUCCGCCCAGAGAGCCUACCCAGGAGGGACCCCCCGCUCAAACCACACCCCCCCCCCCCCCCCCCCCCCCCCCCCCCCCCCCGCCGUCAUGCACACCCCAGCCACCAUGGUGAUGGGGAUCGUGUUCGCCCCGCUCGGGCUGGUCCUGGUCCUCACCGCCUCCAUCACGCCCCAGUGGAGGGAGGGACAAGCCCGCCUGGGCCUGACGGGGCCGGGUUCCCCGCCCCGCCCCAAGGCAGCGCGGGGCGGCGGCGGGGGCCCGGGGACGCUGGCGGCCGUGGAGACGCUGCUCCUGCUGCGCUCCGACGGCCUGUGGGAGAGCUGCCUGCAGGUGGUCCCGUCGGAGCUGAAGCAGUGCUGGCCCGUGACGGGGGCCUACCGGCGGGACCCCCGGCUGAGGCUGGCCCGGGGCCUGGUGCUGAGCUCCUUGUUCCUGUGCGGCACGGGCAUCGUGCUGGCCGGCGUCGGCAUGCGCUGCUGGAGCGACGUGCCCCUGAGGGGAGUGGCCGCCCUGGGGGGCUUCCUGGUGGUGCUGGCGGGGCUGCUGAGUCUGACCGCGCUGGGGGUCUACACACACAACCUGGGGAGGCUGGGCGUGGAUAACCCCGGGGAGGGCCCCGGGAGCGGCGGCGGGGCCCCGCGCUACCCUCACCUCACCCUGCGCCCGGCCGGGUCGCUGUACUUCGGGUGGCUGGGCUCCUGCAUCCAGGUGCUCGGGGGGGGCGCCUUACUGCUGAGCUUCAAGAGGCCCUGGUGCCCGGCGACGCAGGCCUGCCCCGAGCUGCCCGCCUGCCCCGCCUGCCGGUCCUGCCCCGAGCUCAGCAGCAGACCGGAGACGGAGGUGUAUGAGAUGAGCUGCUAGGGCGGACCAGCGCGUCACCGGGCAUAACGUCCUCUGACGGGGGACGAGGCUGUCGGUGUCAACGUGGAUCAUACUCAAUACUUUCCAAUCGUUUACAACGGGACCAAAUUUAUAAUGACAUUUAAGACCAAAUUUUACAAAACUAUGACUUACGAAAGAAAUACAACAGCGAUGUGUUCAACACAGAUGUCGAUGACGUAUUGGAUGGGGGAUGUAUGAAAUGUUGAAAGCCAGAACUGAAUGCAGUGCUGUCUGCAGAGACACCUUUAAAUGGACUUGCUACCUUAACUGCGAAAUUGAUAUUGUGUAUUAGGUUGGCCAAGAGCAGUCUGCCAUGAGUUCUGAUCUGUACCCGCUUUCGUGCUUGAAUGGUUGUUUCUGUUCUUGUUGUGAUUGUUUCGGUUAGGAAGAAACUGUGUUCAUUGAAAAAAUAUAUAUAUAUUUAGACUAGAUGAGUAGAUGUUGAGACACGGUGUUGAAAUAUUGCCCUUAAAUGGGAUGAAAUGUGACUUAACCUUUUAAAUAAAUGUAGACAUUGCGAUGUAAAUGUAUGUUAAUGAUCCAUAUUACCCAUCUUCAAUUACAACUGUUGUGUUGUUUUAUGUGAGCGAAUUGCAAUUGCACAUAAUACUCCUUACCUAUUACUUAUUUAAUAUGCUUAUGCAAGUUUUUGUCCCUUUUGGAUAAGCAGCAGCGUUUCCAGAAUAAAACAGUUUUUUUCACAUGAGCUCCAUUGUCUCUCAAUGAAAAGAUAUUUCUUCUGCUCUCUGGUCUAGACAUGAUUUGAGACUAUUUCUUAUAUUGAUGAGAAAAUUAGAAGAAUGUGUAAGCGGUUUGGUUUUGUUGUUAGUAACUCAAUUGUCCCCUGCCUUUUCAGUCUUUUGUAAUCUGCCAAACAUGACAAGUAUAUGGCAAAAGAAAAAAAUAGAAAAGCGUUCUGGGACAUUAUCUCACAAAAGUGCUUUAUAAAGAAUGGGGGCUUCACUUGAACAAAGGCCUUAUCUUUCAGAAGAGAGUGACUACAUUUCGGUUAGAAAUAAUAUGAGUAAAAUAAUGAAGUGUAAAUGUGUGUGAAACUGGCAUCAAAAAAGGAAUAGCAUUUUAGCAUUCUUAUGGCUAAUGAAUGUGUUGUUUGAGAGAGGCAGAAAGGUCCCUUAUAACUAAGAGAUCGAAGAGUUUACCGUCUAAAUGUCAAUGAUGUUUAAUGAAUUAUCUAGGCGAUUGCAGUUAAAGGACAUUUUAAGAUGGCCUUGCAGCCUGUACAAUCUUCAGCUUUGAAUUUGUGUAUUAUCAUGUUGGGCGCCAGUUGUCGAUAACAAAGUACAGGGUUAGGAUUAGGGAAAAAAACACUACAUUAUUAACUUUUUCUUGGGGGGUUAGUGCUUAUGAGUACUUAUUAGCUCUCAUAAAGCUGCACAAAUAUAGGCAUUAAUACCACCCACAGCAGCUGUGUCACUAAGCAGUCGAAUUAAGGCCUCAAUUAAAAAUGAUAUGUGUUGUGUGAGAGAACUAUAUAGGUCUGUAUAGUGAACGGAUGAGGUGCAAAGUUUUAUGGCAGCUUAUUCAGACAAGAGCCUGGAAACUGACAACAGACGAGAAGUGUACAUGAAUUUAUUACCAUCAACACAAUUUGUAAUCUCACUUUUACCCAACAUUACAUUGUUGUAAAAUUGUAUUUACAUUAGAAGAAUACAAUAUAAGACAACUCCAUUGUAAUCCAAUUGGAAGAGCAGUGUACUCAUAGUUUCAGUAGAUCAGAAGGACAACAUUAAUACUCUAUUUAUAAAAAAUGAAUUCCACUUGGCAAUACUAAUUCUUAAAAAAGGUAGACAACCAAUUUCCGGCACGGUGCUUAAGAUGUGCAUCUCUAUAUUAUUUAAAGAGAAGAUACACACUUCACCCCUCCUGUGAGCUUUCUGACAUCCAUCAGCUACAGUGAAUAGCGGUCAUUGUAUAAAAAGUUGACAUUUAUUUCUGAGUAAAAAAAAAAGUAUAAUAUAUAUCUUUAUAACUAUCUAGAACUACUUUGCCUUUUUCUCAUAAAAAAAAAAUAGAUUUAUCAAAGAAAGACUUUUAAAUAAUCUGUAGUACAAACAAUAGUAUAUCUAUACUAUUGAAUAAUUAUAUGGUAUAUAUGGUAUAACUUAUUACACUGUGUGACCUUGGGUGUAAGUUACCUUAUAAAAAUACAUUUGAGUCGGAAGGUUUUUAACCUUAAGAGCAGGAGGGACUCACUGAUAUGAUUCAGUGUGUAGCUCCUUAUUGAAGUUGAUCACAUCAAUCCCCAAUGUCGCAAGACAACAAAAGAGAACGGGAGAAAUGUUUGCCAGUCUUCCCACUUAAUCUUUGCUCAUCUGUUUAUGUCAAGUGGGAUAGU